CUGGCGCAGUCUGCUCGGGUGAAAGUCCGCUGUCUUUGGCUCCAGACCUCGGAGAGCUGACUCCCGCUCCGGCGCAGCAGACGUGGCCCACAAUUUUAGGGAGACAGGCUGCCGCCCUUGAGUGAGCAUGAGGCCGAGGCUGAGGCCCUGCACCCUCCUGUGUACCACAGUGUGCGUGCUAUUAGCCCUGAUGAUUCAUUCGAGCGAAGCUAUGGGUCACAAGAAACACAAGAAGAUCAUGAAAGUCUUGCUGGCACACGCAUUGCUGAAGAAGCGCGUCAUCCCGAUUCCUAUACCAUUUCCUCAGGAGUCUCACCACACAAACAUCGUGCCGGUGCCGAACCCCAUACCAUUCAAAGUGCCGGUUCACACUGUUCACAAGCAUCAUCACCACACCAAGCAUGUUCAUCACCACAAGCACACCAAAGGGCGCAACACGCUGCUCAUCCUCGACCGACAGCAUGAAAGGCACCACCAUGGUGGCGGAUACCAUGGCGGUGGUUACCACGGUGGCUAUCGCCACGGCUAUUCUGGAAGCUACUGGUGAAAACAGCUAAGCAAACACCAUAGCAGGAUGACUACAAGUGCCUAGCUUUUUGCAAAGUAACCAUACAUAAGACAUGAACAGAAGGGAGAGAGUUUUACUGGUAUGUCAAAAAAUGCCUGCCAACUGACAUUCGGAAAAUGUAAAGGUAGCAUAACGGAAUGUUUUCUACCAACUUGGCGUAUCCGAAAAAUGUCGGUGAACCCCUAAAUAGCACUCCUUUUAAGCACAUUUAAGGUCUGGCAGUACAUAUUUUAUGUGGCUUCAAAACCAAGUGUAGACUUUCAGAGAAAACG